UUGAAAACCAUAUCCAACAAUCCUGAAUCAAGAAACCUCCAGCUUGUCCAAAUAACUGGGAAGCCUCUUGGUUUGCGCUUCCGUGUUGUUGAAGAAAUGAAGUUUGUUCCCGGAAUCAACGUACCCUAUAAUGAUUUCUUGAUUGAAAACUCUUGUAAUGGGCUUCUUUGCAUUUCUCAAACCUUCCAAGACGGCUCCCAUGAUGACAUUUAUUUGUGCAAUCCAAUUUUGGGGGAGUAUAUCUCCAUUCCACCCGCUGCUGGUCAAGAAACAAGGCAUCAGAGUAAUUUCGCUUUGGGAUACUGUGCCAUUGCUAAAGAAUACAAAGUGUUGCACACUUUUUGUUCGAAGACAGGGUCUUAUUACCAACCUGAGGCUGAAAUAUACACGAUUGGUACAGGGAAAUGGAGAAGUAUUCAAAAAGCUCUUCUUAAUCUUCGUAUGUUCAUUGUCGAUAGUUUUGUGUGCGGAUCAAUCCAUUGGGAACUUCGUGAUGAAGACGAUUGUGUGAAUAGUAUAGGUUCUUUUAACUUUGAGAAUGAGCAAUUUAGCGAAUUGUCCUUGCCGCCUCGCUAUGAUGAGGGCGAUGUCACUUUGACAGCUUUUGAAGGUUGCCUGGGCGUGUCUUUCUUCCACACCUAUUCUGAUCCUCAAUAUGAAAUAUGGAUUAUGAAGGAGUAUGGGAACAAGGAGUCUUGGACCAAACAAUUUACCGUCAAGAACCUAGGUUUUGCCAAGCUUUAUGAUCCCUUGAUUUUCUUGAACAAUGGAUUAAUCUUGAUGAUGCAAUAUCGUGAAUUUGUCGUUUGUUAUGACACAAGAAGGAAAUUCAUGGAAAUUAUUAGAAUAUGGCAGACUCAGGGAAAUAAUUAUGCAAUUGCAUACAAACCAUCCUUUGUUUCGCUGAAGGAUGUAGGAAAAGGAGAACAGUUGAAGAUGUCAAGGAAGCAAGCUGGUAGAGAAGAUGACGAGUCCUCUUCUGAAGGAGCAUAUAACUGCACCAGUCAUGAUCAACUUUCUGAGAGCAUUCCUCCACAACACUCUGCAGAGUUUUUACCUGUUAUUGCAAGUUCAUGAUCAUAAAACAAAUUUCAGCAGGACAAACCGCCAAAGAUGAACUAGCUGAGACUUCGUGGGAAAGUUUCUCUGGAGUUGAGCUGCUUGUUUUUGUUCUAUCAAGAGUCAAGAAAAAUUCCCAACUCGAACGCAUUAGUUGUUUAUGGUACUGCAUGGUAAAUCUUUUUUUUCUUUGUUGUGCGAAAACUUGAUUUCCAUUCCAGUUAUUGGAGCAAUGUUGCUUUUGUAAAGAGCAAAUUCAUGGCUGGAUAAUUGAUGGUAUGUGAUAAUACUUGCUA